UUGUAACGUAACAUAGUACAUCCUUUUACGUACCUUCUUUUUCCCUGUCCUUUAAUGCAUACUUCAUAUUCACUCCUUACCAUUACCCUAGCUAUUGCUGCCUGUGCACUAGCGCAGCAAUCUGCUGUCCCUACUCCGGGACCUAUGCUCGAUCUUCCGUCUACGGAUUAUCCCAGCGUCUCCAGUUUCUUCGCCAAUGGGGGCGAAGCUAAAAUGUCCUCCGUGGCAGCCCAGAUAUCCGCGUUUGCGGCCAGCCAACCUGGAGCGGCUGGAAGUUCUUUGAUGAGCGAGUUUGCCGAAGCAACCAAAGCACUACAAUCAAUUUACCAGAAUCCACCUGCUGCCACCAACGCACCAACGCCAGCUUCAUCCAAUUCGCCCGAAAAUCCGCAACCUCAUUCGGCGGCUCAAACAACGCUAGAAUUCAAAUAUUACACCGUGGCCAUCGCCAUUCUUUUACUUACCACUGUAGUCAUUUUUGCCUAAUUGUUAUCCUUGAACAAGACCGUGUUACCCAAUAGUAAUAUGAGACGAUAUCUGAUCGUGUAACGCACGCUCUACCAUGCUGAAAAUGGGAAACGAAUGGUUAUGUGUUACCCUCGAAGAAUGUCAGAAGAUCAUGUGCACCAUGGCACAAGAAAAUGAUUCCAAACUGCUUGGUGUCCUACCUGUCCUAUUUGGUAAAAAACAACCACCACAAUCUUAGAAUUAGAAAAAGGCGAUAAUUUUUUCGUUACAAGAGGAUCUUAUUCGUGCAAAGUUGGAAGUAAAUUACAAAGUUGGCUCGCUUCAUCGGAGUACGCAGGUUGUCAGUGGAACUUCAAUAGCAUGAACAAAAAGCAGGAAUUAUAGCGUUUGCCUUCACGAAUGAGCGUUACAACGCUAAUAAAC